UUUAUGGAAGCACAGCUAAGCUAGGUUCAAGCUACGAAACGGACCAUACACCAUUUGCAUUACAACGACCCGAGUUCGUGAAUUAUGAAUAAUGUGGGAUAAAUUGAAUUGUAAGAACGCAAAUAUAGUGGCUUGUAAACGUUGGUUUAUGGCUUAAGCUGUUGCACAAACGCAGGACUUAUUUUUAUUUUUUUAUUUAUCACAUUAUAUAUAAGCAUAAACAUGAAAUAACUAUACACUAUAUAAGCAUAUAUAUAACCAUAAGUAUGUAAUAACUAUAUGAAAUUGUAUACAAUCAAAGAACAUUAGGAUAGGAACGGUAGGCACGUUGGUGCUCUUAUGCACACCCCUUACAGACCUCUUAGGAAUGGGGUGAGGUCAAUAGUAGAUAGUUUUUGGUUAAAGCUCUGGGGAUUUUGGGAAGAGACCACAGAGUCUGGUAGUGCAUUCCAGGCAUUAACUCUGUUACUGAAGUCAUAUUUUCUGCAAUCAAGAUUGGAGCUGUUCACAUUAAGCUUAAAUCUAUUGUGUGCUCGUGUACUGUUGUGAUUGAAGCUGAAGUAGUCUUCAACAGGAAGGUAACAGAUGAUUCUAUGAGUUAAACUCAGGUCAUGUCGAAGGCGGCGUAGUUCUAAAUUUUCUAAACCCAGUAUUUCAAGUCUGGUGGCAUAAGGUAUUUUGUUGUAAUCAGAGGAGUGGACUUACUUGGUAAACUAUAAGCAACUUAUAGUUUAAUAUGUUGAAUCCUUAUCAGGCUUUUUGGCUGCUUUUUCUAGAAAAAGCAACAGACCUCAGAACGGAAUCUUUAACAGUAUACAUUUAAAACUUAAGUCUGAUGGUGGGCGAAUAAUUUUUUGCUUUUCAAACUGUAGUUUCACAUUGUUUGUAAACUGUUUUGCGUGCCAUUCGUCACUUCUGAAGCUUGACGACAUGAACUAAUUUUUCCAGGCUUUAUCUGUCAAUUGUAGGUUCAUGUUUGUUUCCUCAGCUGUCUUCUUUUGACUGCUUUUCAUUUUUCUAAAUAUCAAGGUCUUGUGCAGUGACGUUUUCCUUUGCAUUAUGUGUACAAAAUAUUUAAAUUUUAUCUUCCUCAAUAGUACUUCCAGUGAGUAGUCUGGCUUUAGUUCAUGUAAGACUGCACCGUUUGUUCUUGAAUCCUAGCAUUUUUUCAAUAAUUUCUCCAGCACCACAUUUCAAAAGCAUAUUUUCUUUCACCUUUCUGAAGGGUCAGCUUUCAGUUAUAUGAAAAAACCAUAACCUUGGUUGUCAUUGUAAUGUCUCUUUCAGGUCUCCCAACAUGCCAAUGUUUAGUCAUGGUAUUUCCCCUCUGACAUCAUCCAAUUUUUCUGGAAUCAAAGUUUUGACACUCCGUGCACAAUCAUAUAUCCAUGUAGUAUCAACUUUUUUUUUUUGCUCCCAGGCAUAUCCGUAGCGGGACAUUUUUUCAGCUUUAAUUCAGCCACAUAAUAAAUAUCAGGGCAUUCGCUGCUUUUUAGAAGGCUACUCCAAAGUCUUCAUUCCCUAUCGGCCCAUAGUUCACGCGCUUGAUCGAUUUGACCAGAACUUCGAUUUCUGCUAAAUUUCUCUCGUAAACUUCCGGGGCUGUGUCUCUUUCCGUUUGAGGCAGUAUUUCUUAGCCUCAACAACUUUAAGACGCCUGGACUUCAACUCCCAGAAUUCCGAGAUUGGGACUAGGGAAUUCUGGGUGUAGAAGUCCACGCCUAAAGGGAAAGAGCUUAAGCGCUACUGACGGAAGCGACUCGUCGCUUUCUUUUGGCGAAAGCUCGACGCGUAACGUAAUUCUGGGAGGCCGGGCGCGCCUGUUUGAGCUGCGUGAAAGAGCAUUCAUUUUCGUGGAGGGUAGCGGAGAAAGAAGAUUUCGCUGAUUUUGCUGAGGAAAGAAGCGGUUUUUUGACUGAGACGGCGAAGCCGCUGGGAUGUUCGUGGCGCGAAGCAUCGCAGCUGAUCACCGCGACCUCAUCCACGAUGUUUCUUUUGACUUCCAUGGACGGCGCAUGGCCACUUGCUCUAGUGACCAGAGUGUUAAGGUUUGGGACAAAGGUGAAAAUGGAGAAUGGCAUUGUACUGCCAGUUGGAAGACACACAGUGGAUCUGUGUGGCGUGUGACAUGGGCUCAUCCGGAAUUUGGACAGGUCUUGGCUUCUUGCUCUUUUGAUAGAACAGCUGCUGUUUGGGAAGAAAUAGUAGGAGAAUCAAAUGAUAAACUUCGAGGACAAAGUCACUGGGUAAAGAGGACUACUUUGGUUGAUAGUAGGACAUCAGUUACAGAUGUCAAAUUUGCUCCCAAACAUAUGGGUCUCAUGUUAGCUACAUGUUCAGCAGAUGGAGUUGUUAGAAUAUAUGAAGCUCCGGAUGUUAUGAAUCUUAGUCAGUGGUCACUUCAGCAUGAAAUUUCAUGUAAAUUAAGCUGCAGUUGUAUUUCUUGGAAUCCUUCAAGUUCUCGUGCCCAUGCUCCUAUGAUAGCUGUAGGAAGUGAUGAUGGUAGUCCUAAUAUACUGGCUAAAGUACAGAUAUAUGAAUACAAUGAAAAUACCAGGAAGUAUGCAAAAGCGGAAACCCUUAUGACAGUCACAGAUCCUGUGCAUGACAUUGCCUUUGCUCCAAACCUUGGAAGAUCAUUCCAUAUAUUGGCAGUAGCUACCAAAGAUGUACGAAUAUUCACAUUAAAACCCCUAAGAAAAGAACUGAGUACUUCAUCUGGUUUGACAAAAUUUGAAGUUCAGUUAGUGGCGCAGUUUGAUCAUCAUAAUUCCCAAGUCUGGCGUGUGAGCUGGAAUAUAACCGGCACAGUACUUGCAUCUUCAGGUGAUGAUGGAUGUGUAAGGCUUUGGAAGGCUAAUUAUAUGGAUAACUGGAAGUGCACUGGAAUACUGAAAGGCAAUGGAAGUCCAGUCAAUGCUAGUUCCACACAGCAGGGAGUUUUUAAUGCUCCUGUUGGCACAGCAACUUCAACUCUCCAGAAUUCAGUUAAUGGAACAUCGGUUGGCAGGUAUUUUUUUCCCCCUCUGGAUUCCCCAUGGGCUGGAUCAAGGUGGUCCAGUUAUGCCCAGCUCUUACCACCACCACCUCCUCCUCCUCCUCUUCCUCCUCUGAUAGAACACUCUUGCGAUGCUGACACUGCCAAUAUCCAGUAUCCUCACCAUCGCAGACGAUAUAUUUCUCGACCUCUUAAGCUCUUACGUGAACACGAAGGGGUUUGAUGCAUAUUUAAAGCUGUAUUAAAAUCUAACUCACAUGCUUUAAAAAAUUUAUUUCUUUUGGCUGUUCGGGUUUUUGUUUUUUGUUUUUUUGUUUACAUUUUUUCCAACUAUAAUUCAGAAUGGGUUUUUAAAGGCAUGAUCUGUAAUGUGAACUACAAUAUUUCAAAUUUACUAUGCUUAGUUCCACAGAUAAUAAAAACUAGUUCUCUACUAUUAACUCUAAACAAUCUAAUGCAGCGUUCAGGAUAAAUUAUGUGAAACAGUAUUUUAUCAUUUAAAAAUAUUCAAUUUGUAAACUGUUAGUAAUUCACUUUGUAUUAUUUGAGAAUAAUUUCUUAAAAUUAAAUACAGAUGGAGAAAAGCUUCCCUAUGGUAUAGAAGUAAAUUAAAAACUACAUUUUUAGCAUAAGAAUCUUUUAGGUCAUCAGAUUUCUUACAUUUUUUCCAUCUUUAGCAAUUUCCUGAAAUAGUCUUCAAAAAUAAAGUACACAUCCUUACAACAAAAUAAGAAUAUUUGUUGUUUGUGUAAAUGUUCUCAUUGUAUAAUGAUAUCCACUACAGUUAUAUGAAAAUAAGUCAAUAAAACAUCGAGAAAGUA